ACAGCAGCCAGGAGCCGUCCAGGAUCUACAAGGCCCGCUUUUGCUCCUGAUGCUGACACCACUUUCUGCGACGAUCGUAGCUAGGCAGCAGCCUGCAGCGAGCGUGAUCGUCGUUGUAGUUUGCCGCGGACAGCAGCCUCUGUAGCUGCAUGCAGUCGCGGUGUAACGUGUUUUCGACACGCGUCUGAACGUGCUCGUUCUGUCCCACUGAGAUCUCGCAGUGGGAUUGCUGUUGUGUUACGUGUAUUUACCGACUGGAACGAAACGGGGUGGUCGUCGCAUAAUCGGAAUUCGCAAAGGAGGCUGCUACUACUUCUCUGAUGCACCUUAGAGAAAGUGCCCAAUCUGCCCGGUCCCAAAGUUGGUCUACUCCGUCAGCAAGUCCGUCACCACCACCCCCGCCACUUCCACCGCCGGUAAUUAAUAGAUGGGCUCGAGCAGAACGUAACAGUGGGGAAUUGUGUCCCCACUGCAGGGGGCACAUUGCAUCUCUUCCAACGAGAACAACGUCUUUAAGCAGUUACUCCAUUUGCAAAGAUAGAACAACACCCAUAUCCCGUCUGCCGGAAGAUGAAGAUUCAUUUCCUGUCCUAUGCGAUCGAGAAUUGCAUUCGUUGCACAGAAAUAUCCCGGCGUUGCGACGAAGGGAUGUAGACACUGCCACCAUAAAACAACACUACUAUCCCGAAGGAGGAUGGGGAUGGUUAGUUUGUGGUGCUGCCUUUUUGGCUUACCUACUUACAUCAGGUUUUCAACUAGCUUUUGGCCUUCUAUACCUUUAUGUGAUAAAGUUCCUUAUCAAAGAACAUAUGAAUAAACAAUUUUAUUCUAUGGCAACAGCCUGGAUGGGUGCUAUGUGUUUAAGCAUUUCGUUCCUGAUAGCACCCUUCGUGGUUGCCGUAUCCAGAAGAAAAUCGACGAGAUUAGCGGCCGUAAUGGGAGGUCUAUUGAUGGCCUUGGCCUGCCUAUUUACUUCUUUCGCGGUGCAGUUCCAUCAGGCUCUUUUAAGUUAUGGCGUCGUAUUAGGUGCAGGGGCUGGAAUUGUUAGGGAAACGUCAGGAUUAGUUUUAGGACACUAUUUUAAGAAACGAAGAGAAUUUGUGGAGAUGGUUGCCCAAUCGGGAACAGGAGUGGGAAUGGCCUUAUUCUCCGUACUGUACAAAGAGGCUGUCGGAAAAUUAGGAUGGAGACUAGGGCUUCAUUCGGUUACGGGACUUUUAGCGUUAGCCUUCUUCCUACCUAUUGUUUAUCGCUCUGCGAAUUUGUAUCAUCCACAACGAAGGGCAAUAAUGCAUCUCAAAAACCAAAGAAAGAAAAUGAAAGAGAAAAAAACUCACGCCAAAGGAAAGAAACCGGCAAUGUUCGAUUUUACCCCGCUUAAGAGUAGGGGACUUCGAGUUCUUUUGGUUGCUAGUGCUACAGGAUCUUUAGGGGUUUAUAGUCCAAUUUUUUAUUUGGCUUUGCAAGGCCACGACGAAGGAUUGGAAGACAGUGCCCUAGUCUUGUUGCAGACAUUUCUAGGGUUCGCAACAGCUUUAGGAUUUGUAGGUUUCGGACUCAUAAUCGUUCGACCAAACACUCAGUGUCUUAUAUCGCGACAGUAUCUGUGUCAAACGUCGCUAAUUGGCAUAGGUAUUUCUCUUCUGGCCCUAAGCGCUGUUCAGGGCUAUCACGGUUACGUAUUAUUUGUAUGGUUGUAUGGCGUUUGUCUUGGAGGCUUCGAUUACUCCCUUAAAAUGUUUACAUUGGAACGAAUUCGUACACGUCACUUUACCAAAGCUUGGAGCUUCGUUCAAGGCGCCAAAUCCGUGCCUGUGCUCAUCGGGAUUCCGAUAACGGGUUACAUGAACCAAAUACAUCCCAAAGCUGGUUACUAUUUCAGCUUCGGUACAACUCUAGUCAGUGCAAGUCUCAUGUUCUUGGUAGGUCAUCGUAAGGACUCUAGCAAUGGAAACUACAGUUUCAGCCCAAAAAUGAACGAGUGCAUUUGCAAUUUGAACAACCACUACAUCACAGAGGUGCCCUAUAAUGUAUAUAGACCACCGCCACUCAACCAGUACGAACAGUUCCUCCCCAGUUACGAUCAUUUGGACAGAAGCAGUUUUUGUAGACAUUCGUCCAUGAAGCAUCGAUACGAUCGACCAGUAGUUCGACAUUGUUUACCAAAGAGCCAAAGCUACGUGGCCAAUAUACACCAUUCAGCUCAUCCCAGUAUGAUUUGCCUGAACAGAAGCCCGGGAGUUACGUAUCCCCACAAGUAUUCGCAUGGAAAUUUGAGAGCCACCAGAAGUGUUCCUGAGGGAUUAGCGAGAUGGAGCCAUUAUGGAUCUUGUCGUAGACCUAUUAUACGGGAUGUUCAUGUUAUAGAACAAAUUACUACUUCUGUUUAGGUGAUUAUUCUGAUAUGUUCUUAACCAUUCGUAUUCAUAUAGUUACACAGCUUUCUUGUUAAAAAUCUGUCAUUCUUAAGAAACCAAUUAAACAGGUUUUAUACAUCAGGUAAAUUUUAACACUCAUUUUUUUGAAAAUUUAUUACAACUCUUUAAAAUAAAUAAUGUAUCAAGUGGUCAGCUAAAAUUAAAUUUAUAAAUUAAUACUUAUGUGUUAAUUAUCCCUAUUAAUUCUUUUCUUUUGCUGUUUAUUAAAGAGUUUGAUAACUGCCAGAAACCUCUGCCAUUUUUUGGUACCCAUACGAGAAAAGGAGAUCCGUACUUUUUGAGCUUUGCAUGCUUAUUUACUUAGCUUUCUAUCUACAUUGAAAUGGGUAAGUUGCUUGCAUCUAUUUCUUUUUUUUUUUGUUAUUAAUUUAUACACAUUAAAAGUGGCUGGCCACUUCGGAAAACGCCAUAAAAAUUGGGGGACAAAAACUGUACACGUAGGCACGAGUUGAAGAUUUUCAAAGAAAUGAGAAAGUAUUAAUUUUUUAUUUUAUCAUUAACGAAAAGUCGAUAGACCAAAGAAUUAUUUAUUAGGUUUCAAAUAUCAUUUUAAGUUACUGAUUUCUAAUUUUCU